UUCGAGUGAGUUGAGUGGUAAGUAUAAUAAUGGUGUGAAGCAAUCACAAUCUUCACAUUACUCGCACCCUCACUCUGCGAUUUUUGAUCAGAAAUGGCUCUGGAAGUUGCUGUCAAAGCUGCUGUCGGUGCUCCCAAUGUUCUCGGAGACUGUCCAUUUUGCCAGAGGGUGCUCUUAACCUUGGAGGAGAAGAAAGUCCCUUACUCCACCCACCUCAUCAAUUUCGACGAAAAACCCCAAUGGUUUUUGGAUGUCAAUCCUGAAGGCAAGGUUCCAGUGAUCAAGUUUGAUGACAAAUGGAUUUCCGAUUCCGAUGUCAUUGUUGGAAUCCUUGAGGAAAAGUACCCUCAACCCUCUCUCGUCACUCCUCCUGAAUCUGCCUCCGUGGGAUCCAAGUUAUUUGGGGCUUUCGUUAAGUUUCUCAAGAGCAAAGAUCCAAAUGAUGGAUCAGAGCAAGCAUUGCUUGCUGAGUUGAAGGAUUUGGAUGAACAUCUUAAGAACCAUGGUCCAUUUGUUGCUGGGGAGAAGGUAACUGCUGUUGAUUUGAGUUUGGCUCCAAAACUCUACCAUCUAGUCAUAACACUUGAGCACUUCAAAAACUGGACUAUUCCUCAGGAUUUGGCACAUGUCCACAACUAUACCAAGUUGUUGUUCUCCCUGGAAUCGUUUGAGAAAACCAAGGCUGCAAAGGAGUAUGUAAUUGCGGGAUGGGCACCCAAGGUGAAUGCAUGAAGUAACUCUAAAUUAUGAUGUGGUGCUAUGAACAAUGAGAAAUAUCUGUACCUGUGAUUUGGACUUUAUUGAGAUUAGGAAGGUGUAAGGGGUUGUUCCCUCCUAUAUAAUAAAAUAUGUGGUUCGUUUGUUGCUGCGCUUUA